AAGCGGCCAGGCCGCAGAGCUGUUCCCGUGCUGGUGAAGGCGCUGGCCCUGGGCGUUUCCUCGGCGCCAGGGAAGAGCGGGCGUUUCCCGCUAGGCUGGGCGGGCUCGGCUAGUCUGGUGCGGCUCUAUGGCCGCGGGCAGGGCAGGGCAGGGACUUGCCUCCGCGGUAAGCGUCUGAAUGACUCUUACGGGCAGGUGGGGAAAAAUCUGUGGGAAGGUGAUGCUUCUUCCUACACUCGUCUGCCUAGGAGGUGAUUUACUGCCUGUAACAAGCUUGGUGAUAGUUCUGGGAGAAAUAUGUAUUGACAGGAGGUGGGAGUUAAGUUACCUUAUUUGUCUUGCUGUCCUGUUCAGCUGUGCAUUCAUGCUUUUAAUCCUUACUGCGGGCAACUGCUCCUGCAAAAUCCCUUGAAAGGAAGGAGUCUCGGAGGCUACCGGGACUGGGCUGUAUGAAAACUCGCAGAGGAAAUGCCAGCUGGGAUUGCUCGAGGUCUGGAGGAAACCGGCUCGUCCUUACAGCAGGAGGAGGAGGAAGAAGAAGAUGUCAUUGAUGAGUUAGAAGAUCAUCCGUGUAUCAAGUGGACUGGUGGUGGCUGCAGGCGGAUCCCCAUCUUAGUCUUUCAUGCAGAAGCUAUUCUGACCAAUGACAGCUACCUUCGCCUAAUUGGAGAACGCUACCACUUGUCCUAUAAGAUUGUGCAAGCAGAUGGCCGUCUGGUUCGAAGCAUUCUGACUGCCCAUGGAUUCCAUGAGGCGCAACCUGGUAGCAGCGAUUACAAUCUCAUGUGGACAGGAUCACACUUGAAGACCUACUUGCUGCGUUCUCUUACAGAUAUUCAGAAAGUCAAUCACUUCCCUAGGUCAUAUGAACUGACACGGAAGGAUAGACUAUACAAGAAUGUCAGUCGUAUGCAGCUGGCCCAUGGAUUCAAAACAUUCCAUAUCUUACCUCGGACCUUUAUCCUCCCAACAGAGUACCAGAACUUCUGCAGUACCUAUUCUAAGGACAGAGGUCCAUGGAUAGUGAAGCCUGUGGCCUCUUCCAGGGGUCGAGGUGUCUACCUGAUAAACAAUCCAAGCCAGAUUGUCCUGGGAGACAACAUCCUGGUUUCUCGUUACAUCAGCAACCCCUUGCUCAUAGAUGAUUUCAAGUUUGAUGUGCGCCUCUAUGUUCUGGUUACAUCCUAUGAUCCACUUGUCAUCUAUCUCUAUGAGGAAGGAUUGGCCAGGUUUGCAACAGUGAGGUAUGACCAGGCAUCCAAGAACAUUAAAAACCAGUUCAUGCACCUGACCAAUUACAGUGUCAACAAGAAGAGUGGAGAUUAUGUCAGCUGUGAUGAUCCUGAGGUAGAGGAUUAUGGAAGCAAGUGGAGCAUGAGUGCAAUGCUGAGGUACUUAAAACAAGAGGGGAAAGACACUGCAGCACUGAUGGCCAGUGUGGAGGACCUGAUUAUCAAGACUGUGAUUUCUGCUGAGCUGGCCAUUGCCACAGCUUGUAAACACUUUGUUUCACAUCGUGACACCUGCUUUGAGCUGUAUGGUUUUGAUGUCCUUAUUGAUGACACUCUCAAGCCCUGGCUGUUGGAAGUAAACCUGUCCCCAUCGUUGGCCUGUGAUGCUCCUUUGGAUCUGAAGAUCAAAGCUAGCAUGCUCUCAGAUAUGUUUACCCUUGUAGGCUUUGUCUGCCAGGAUCCAAGCCAACGCUCAAGCCAUGACAAUUAUUCAUCUGAAUCUGUCAGGAGAAAUCUUUAUCAGAAGCUGCAGCGUACCCGUCCUCUGUCUGCCAGUGAUGCUGAAGUAAAAAACCCAAUGCCCUCAGGCAGGGAAAAAGUAACAGGAAGGCAAGGCAUAUCUGUGCUAAGUCUCUCGAUGGAAGAGAUAAAAGUUCUUUGUCGAGUGAAAGAGGAGGAUGAACGGAGAGGAGGCUUCAUCCGGAUAUUCCCUACCCCAUUAACAUGGGGCCUUUAUGGAUCCUUUUUACAAUACAAGACAUCAAUGAACUACAUGCUGGCUACACAUCUGUUUAAGGACAGGGUCAAGAUGAAAAGAGACUUCACCACUGGGAGAUGCCGAGCAGGGCUUAAUGAAAAGCUGGAUAUGAGGCUGGAAGCUAUAGACUCUCAUGCUCUCUUUUAUGAGAGAAAGCUCGUUUCACUGGAGGUACGGAAGCGCCAGCGAUGCAAUGGCAAGUCGAAAGCAGCACAGACAGGACCACCAGGGACAUCAGAACCAGUAAAGUUGUCCCUCAAGUCAGAUGCAGAAGGUGAGGAAGAAGAGGAGGUAGAUACAGAUGAAGAUGAGCUAGAUAGAACUGCUGGCUCUGUUUUGGACAGUGAGGUGAAAAGUAAGCCAAAGCUCUCUGACUUGGUGAGAACUGCUAGUAAGGAGAGGUCACCAAAAAAGCUUGACAAGAAAUCUGGAGAUGGAGAAGAGCCGUUUCCUCAAAAAACAAACAUUCAGAUCAACUUGCUGCAAACUCUUCAAAAGCAUGGAAACCUGAGCAAAGUGCAAGCUCGCAGGGCUUUCUCUGCCUAUCUACAGCAUGUUCAGUUGCGACUGAUGAAGGAGGUUGGUGACCAGAUCCAGAAUUCUGCCUGGACUGCCAAAGAAGAUGAACAAAUGGAGCUUGUGGUACACUUCCUAAGGCGAGCUGCCAGCAAUCUUCAGCAGUCCUUGAAGGUGCUGCUCCCCAAACGUCAUUUAGGAAUAAAUGAUCGUCGUCGUAUUCUGGCUUACCAGCUGGGCAAGUUCAUAACGUGUUAUAACAAGGAAACAGAGCAGGUGGUUCAGAAGCAAUCAAAAAAGAAACAGGAAGAGGAGCAGGGAGUGAAUCCUGAACUUUUUGAGACCUUCAUUAGCAAAGCAAGUGAAAGUGACUUGGCGGAAGUGCUGACAUUUUACACACAGAAAAACAGGUCAGCAAAUGUCUCCCUAGGAAAAAGCUCCACAAGCAGAAGUAAUGAGUCAGAGAAACAGCCUCCAGAGCAGCAUCCUGAGCUGGUGAAAAAAAUAAAAGGUGAUCAGUCCAAAACUUCAGCUGCAGAUCUGCCUGCAGAAGGAACAUUAAAAGCCUGUAAACCCAAAGAAGUUUCAGAAGAACCCAUCUUCUCCUUAAACUCUGAAGUGAAAUUACCUCAGUGCGGCCCUUCUAGUGCUUCUUCCUCUACCUAUGGUGCCACGUUCCAGAGAAGUACCAGUUCCUGGACACCAUCUCAGCCUUCAGGCUCUGAAAAAUCACAGAUUGCUGCUCAGAUCUACAGCCAAAGAUUGUCCCGACCGUACUCUGCAAAAGUAGGUUUGUGCCAUCGCAGUUCAAGUGGACAGCAUGUGGGCUCAGCCAGGAUGCACAAAGAUGCAGAAGAUGCUUCUUCCCAGAACAAUAGUAAUAACCCCAGUAUGGUAGCAGCAGAACUGCAGCAGGUGGCAGAAAAACAGUUAACAAACCUGAACUUGGCAAGUGGAACUAUAAGCAAGGGGAAUGCAGCCACCCCACAGAGCUACCGGUCAUCACUCAACAAAAGAGGGUCAUUGUUGGCUGUGCAGUCAGACGCCCAUAUAGCUGACAAAAGGCCUGUCUCUUCAACUGUCAGGGCUCCAGAGAAUCAUCGUUUUGCCUGGGAAGGAGAGAUGGAGGACAGUGUCUACAGCAAGGUGACACGGAGUCCACUGGCACAUCGAACUCACCAUCUGAAUUUUGCUCUGCAACAACUUCAGGAGCUUAAACUUCAGUCACAACAGCUGUUGGAGCAAAGCCAGGCCCGGCACCAGACUCUCUUUGCCAACUACUCACAAUUCAGCACCAGCCAUAUACCUAUGCCAGCUGGCUCUGAUGCCCACAAGACAUCAAGUGCCACUUCUAGUAUCCAGAAAACACCCUAUUUGCACAAAGUGAUGCCAUCCCAGAGUACGCCUUCUCAGCUGAUUCCAAAGCCUCCAGCAAACCACAGGCAGGCAGUGGCCAGAAAGGCUGCAGCCCAGAGGAUUUCCAAGGUGUCUUCCAUUGAAAGGCAGCUGAACCGAUUCCAGAACAGUGAUGCAUCCUGUGAGCCAGGGACAAAUUCCACAGCCUCUGCUCAAAGAGGAGGACUAACACUGAACACCAGGAAAGAGUGAAGAGGAGGCCCUGGUGAGAGGACAACCCACAGAGGAGAGCAUCUGAACAUCUGUAGAAGAUGGUGAUACAUCUGCAAGCUGAGGUGAAUGAUGGCCUCUGAGAGCUUCUGCUGCUGAGUUGUGGGGUCCCUUCCUCCCACGUCUUCCUGAUCACAAACUGUGAGAUCUUUCUAUGAGACAGAGAUCCUCCAGCUGUCUGUAUUGUUCUUCCUAAGAUCCAAGUUUGAACAUAAAGUCUCAUUUGCUCAGCUAUUUCCGUCUGCCCUAGUUUGGUAACAGCCAAGAUUCUCUGCUGUCAUCACAUGGCAACAGCAGAGAAAAAUAUUAGAACAUAUGACUGGAGACAUCCGUGUUGGUUGCCAUCUUAAAUUUUGGCACAGAGCCAUAGAAAUGAUUGGUUUGAAUCAAGUAAUUUCAUUGGUUUGUUUUGGUUAUAACUUCAGUUAUUAAUUCACACCCCCAAAAUAUUUGCUGUUAUUAUAUUAGACGGGAUUUUAAAUCUGUCUUUACGCUUCAUUGGUGGAUGCUUAUGUUCUGUGUGGCUUAUUUUUGUGGUUUGAUUUCUGUUUGUUUAGGCUUUAUAAACUUUUUUGAUUGGCUGAUGUUUUCAGACCCACACUUGAACCCUAAGGCCCAGGUGGCUCCUAUCACUUGCAGUAGUGGCUUGGUGAAGGACUCCAGUUAAAAUUUGCUUGCGUUAGAAAACAUCAGCAGCUGGAAAAUGUAUUGGAGAGAAGUUCCACCCAUCCUUAAGACGAACAGGAAGCAACUUCAACUCUGGCUCUUUGCUGGUGCCAGGUUACAGGAAAAGUCAGUAUUCUGAAGCUUCUGCCUUGUCAAACAGCAAGUGGUAUGAUUGUAAUUUUCAAAGGGUGUUUCAAAUCUCCUGUUGUUUGUAUCAGGGCCCUCAGAGAUGGGAUUCUAACCGUUUGAUCUGUUUUCUUAUUCCAUGGCUUCCCUGUCAUUUUUAGCCUGCAUAGUCAGUGGGUUGGCAAGUAGAUAAUGUGGCUGACAGAAGAAUCAGUGUUACAGGAGAAAAGUGUUUCCUCUUAAAAUGAUUGUGUUCAUAUUCACUUUUGGAUUGUGCAUAUUAUCUGUCAUCCAAGACCAGAUAAAUUGUGAGAAGAUUAAAUAAUUAUGUUCAUACUCCAUUAGCUUCACUAUUGCUUGCUCCAGGCAUAAAUUCAUAGGACAGAACAUGCAUUUGUCUAUUUCUGCUCCAGUCAUGCAUAUGACAGACAUUGAAUACUUCAUUUGUCCAAAAUGCAGUUCUCUGAUGUAGCUGCUCCCUUUCUUACUCCAUUCGUUUAUCUUUAACUUCCUAGACAAUCAUAUUCCUCUUCACUUUCUCUGUGUUUUUCAGCUGUGUUCUUCAAGAAUGUCCACAGCAUUUGUUUGCUGCCUGUGUGACCAUCACAUAUCAUCAGUGACCAACAGAUCUGUAAAAUCUUGUGAAGUUACUUUCAGAUCCUGUCUCUUCUGUCUGUAAUCAUUGAAAUCCAUUAAUGGAAUUCUCUGAGAUAGGUGGUUCUACUUGUGCAUCGAGUUGUUGGCUCAUGAUUAGUGAAAAGUUAGUUGCAGAAGCUGUUACUUCAGUCUUCUGCACAUCCUGAGCAGCUGUGGGUUUCAAGACCUUUGGAUCUGACUUCUCACAGCCUACUGCUACAUGUAGUAUUGGCUACAGCCUCCAGCUCUGUUCCAGAACUCUUGAUGGGGCCAUUUCUCUCUAAGAUUUAGGUUCAGUGAGUAACAGAUUCCAUUCCUUUCUUCCUCCUAGGGGGAUCUGGGUUAUCCUUAUUGUACUGGGUUUUAUGGGUUUUAUAUGCAGGAUUAAGUAGCUGUAGAAUAUACAUCCUUGUGGAACUCUCAUCUCUGUUUUUGUACUCUAGUUUCUUCAUUCAGGUUGUCACAGCCACCACUGAAAACUGUAGAGAGAUUUGGAGGAUAGAGAUUUAAAUUCACAACCCAGGAAAGGUGAUUGUCUGCAUAGAAACAGUAUUCUUACAUCUUUGUUUGGCAAAUUACUGGUUAGUGCUGGCUUAUUAUGAACACAGGUUACUUGUUUUGUCAGCAUUGCCAGUCUUCCACCCACUCAUUUUGGGAAAAAAUCUGUACUCAGCUAUAGCCAGCAUGUUUUCUGAACCUUGCAUUGCAUGUUGGAUGUAGCCAGCACCACAUCUGUGACUGUGAUGACUGUGUAUCAGUGUAUCAGACAUCUUGUCUCUAAGAUUUUUGAAAUAUUUGGAGAAAUGCACAUUGUGGUCUAAGACCCUCAUUUUUAAGGGAUGAAUUUUGUCAGCUCCAGGAGCAGGGAAGUCUUGCACCCUUUGUCCCUGGAAAAAUUUUCUUCUGCUUCCAACAAAUAAAAAAAAGAACAACCAAAAAACUCCCUCUCUCUUCCCCCAGAAAAACCCAAACCAAAACAGGGAUCUCAAGAUGGGUCCUUUGCCUCAAGCCAAACACCUAGACACUGAACUGUUCAGCUUCAGGAUGUUUUAGGGCAGCCAGAGCAUCAGAGGAAAUAGCAGUAUUCCUUUGCCUUGUGUAUCUGUUGAUCCCAGCUCUGCACACAAAUGCUGUUACCUUGGGAGCAUAUGCUAUAGAGAAUCAGGAAAAAUCCUGUGAUUCAGCCUCAUAUUUUUUCCAUCUCAGCCUGGAGUCCAUGUAUGCCUUUGUGCAUGGUGGGUAUGGUGUACUGGAGGAUAACAUACAUAUUUUGUCUCAUUGCAGCUGCUACCUCCAUGUCUGUCCCUUUUCAAAAGAGACUGGUUCAGUUAAGAGAUUUAAUGGGAGGCAUAGAACUGUUUCCUGGAUGUCUUAGAGAGAAGUCAUUUUACAGGAAUAUAAAAUGUUUUCUAGUACAAGGGAGGAAAGGAGAUUAGCGAAUCAUUUUGGAUGUAUAAUAGAUGCACAUGAGAGGAGUACAAUUAUAUAUGUGCUUCUCAAGUGGGGGUUAGUUUAUCUCAGCUUUUAUGAGAUUUACUCCCCUAUAUUUAUCUGUGAGUUUCAUUGGAAGUGCCUUUGUUCACUGUGAGAAAAUUAUCAAAAGAAAGUUCCAGCAUCUCUCAUCAUCUACUUUAGUGGUGAGACUGGACAAUGUAAGCGCGGAGUCCCCCUCUUCUCUCCUGCUCUGUGAUGCUUCGUCACUUCUGCGUUAAGGAGUCUGUUCCGAUGAUAGAGAAUCACUCUUGUAAGUCUUGAAAAGGAGUAAGGUACGCAUCAGAGUCCUGGAGGCUGAGGUAAUGCAGAGUUCAUACAAGUGUUUUGUGUUGUGUUUGAGUGAUGGGUGUACCACAACAUAAAAAUUAAUGGAGGAUACUAGAUUUUAUCCUCUCCAGAAGCAACUGACUUGUGCUCAGUACGUGAAGUAUCAAGUUCACUUUUACAUGGUUCCUCUUGGCCUUUAAAACAGCCUCACAAGUUGUGUGAGUGCCAUCAGUGGGACAUCAUAUUAUGAUACUAGGUUGACUACUUAGUCGUGGAUGCCAACAAGAAAUAUUGAUGCUUUUGGAUGAUCAUUGUUUCUUGGAAAUGCUCCUCAUUAUGAUGCCUGGAAAGUCAACGCAUGUCUCUGAUACUGGUUCCACACUGUGGCAAGAGGCUUUGGUAUCAAGACCUUUGUUUACUAGUAGGAAUCUUUAAUGCUGUGCCUCUUCCUCAUACUGGAAUAUGGAUAAUCUCCAUGUGCAUGGAGUUGAAUGGCUGACAGUGCUGGAUCAUUCCUCUUCUUUACCUCUGAAGGAGAUCAUUGACUUACAGAUGAGUUUACAGAACAGACUGGAUUCUCAGUUUGCAUUCUUUCAGGCCUGUAUCUUUUUACUAAUACAACAGUUCCAGUCAUUCUGGAUUAUUUGCUGGAAACAAAAGUUACUCUGGCUCCUGACUUACUGAGGUUUACUUGAUCAAACUGCCAAAGACUCUUUUUCCUCAGUCAGUCCUACAUUUGCUGCUUAUGAUAAUCCUAGACUAAUUGUUUGAAUCUGGAUGGGUUAUUUGCUGGUCUUUCAAUAGCUGGAUUUUUUUAGUUGCAGUAACUGGCUGGUUGAUCCUCUUCCUACUAUUUCCUUUCUGGGCACAUUAUUCUGUGGAUCUGUCUUGAGUUUCUUUCAAAAGAAACUUCUGAACUUUAUUUAAACCUGAGACUUGAUGUCCUUCUUUCUAGAGCCUCAUGUUUCUAGAGCUAGGACAUCCUUGUUUAUGCCAAACAUCAGGAGGACCUUAUUUUAUCUUUACAGAAUUGGAUCAGUCAAACAGUCCUUGAGAUAGGUGGAUAGAGCACAAAACAUUCAUAGUUCAUGCAGAAAGUGGUUAAUUGGAAAAGAGGUGGGCAAGGAGGACUGGAAGGGAGAAGGUGAAAAGGAAGUAAUUGUUCACAGUCUUGCCCACUAGAAGUAGGAGCAUCAAAUGAAAUUAACAGAGAUCAGAUUCAGAGAAAAAAAAGAAAAAAGAGUGUGUGAUUGUUUCUUUUUUUUUUUUCCCACAGUGUGUAGUUGACCUGUGGAACUCGGUGUCAGUUUAUUGUGGAUACAAAAAAGUGUAAAAGUGGUUUGAAAAGAGAAGUAGACAAAUCCAUGAAAAGUUAAUUACUAGGGUGUAUUAAAUAUUAAAACUCAAAAACAAGCAGGGAAUUUCUAAGACUUUUCAGGUGGCUGUUCUGGGGAAGUGGCACAAUGGGCUUUUUCCGAAUUUUAGCUCAUCUGUCAAACUUGCUGUUGACCACUGUCAGAGAGGUGAGAUAGGUGGUGUUGUAGUCUGGAUGUUUUAUUUUGACACUUGCUGUACAGCCUGAUAGAACAGCCAAGGCAAAGCUGCCUUCCACGGCAGCAGCAUCUUCCACCAGAAUUCACUCUGUGGUGUUUGGUUCUCUAAGAAAAGUCUCCAUUGCUAACAUCUGCCAAGUUGUCACAUGCAGUUUAUCUACACUUCCACCUGAGUGGGCACUAUAUAUUGCAGAGGCUUUCAAAAUGGUGAAGGUAAGCCCAGAACAUUAGUUCAGUUUGGUGUCCCUGCAAGAGAAUUUUAGGAAAUCUCAUUUCACCAUAUUUAUAGCAUUGGUAAAGUGUAGUCACCUUUCCCCAGACUAAGAGGAGAGAUGUUACUGUAGUCAGUGUGGUUAGGUUCAAAAGGCAUACAAUCUCAAAAAACAAGUGUUCUGUGGUUAUUGAUCUGAUCUAUGUCUUAAGUACUACCAUGUCAAAAGUCAGGAAUGGAUCUUUGAAAAGUUCCUCUACUGCCAAGUCCAAAGGUUUGACUGUCAUCACUUCCUCAUUCUACUAUAAAAUUUGGGCAUUUUUCUGAGAUUGGGGAAGUAAAACAACAAGGGAUUUUCCCCACUGCUUUCAGUGAUUGUUAUAUAGGAUUCACCUCAUGUUUUUCAAGUGGUUUUGCUUUAUUUGCAUGACCUUCUUAAAAGGUUGUGCUGUGUUAGAUAUACGUAAUACACAUCGGAUGUUUGUGUCAUUAUUCAAGGUAUGUAGAUGAACAGCUGUGAAUCUUCUGGGAGGGCAAAUGAAAUUGCAAACAUCCCAUUAGUGCCACUGUUUACAGUAUUCACACUUCAGUUGCCUGAUGCUUCCCUCCAUUCAAAUCAGGAUUGCCUUCCCUCCUGAAAGUGUGUUUUCUCCACUAUUUCUAAUUCUAGAGAUUCAUCAUGGAAUACAUUUUGUCUAUAAUAUCAUCUGGGAAUAUUUUUUUUUCUUAUGCACAGACCCAUGAAACUUGUCUCCAUGUCUACUGGAACUUUCUUAGGAAAAAUAUCAAAGAAUAAACUUGGUGGCUCUUCCUGUCAAAUUGUGGCUUUGCAAGUUUUGCAGGUCUUUUGAAUGAUGGCUUGGCUAAGAGCAGGUGAAAUUGCUAAGAAUUAAAGACAAUUUCAAAUGUGUAGUCAGCACACUGUAACUGCUGCCACACCACAUCUCCCUGAGGUUUUUUGCCAUCAUCUUCCUGAUUUUGUUUCUUCAUAUUAGCACUACAGAGCACUUCCCAUGGUAGUAUCCAAAUGAGAUCGUCAGAUCUUAUAGUUAGAGAUUUCUGUAGCAAGUGUCCUUAGAGGGGGCAGAUGUCAAAUUGUGUCAUUCAAAGCAGCUUGUUGCAGGCUGGAUGUCUUCCAGAGACUCUUGUUGCAAGUCAGGCUGUCUGCUACUGCUUUCCCCCACAAGUGGAAUUUCUUACAAGUCCUUGAAAACAGUGGAGAUCUCCCAGGUGUCUGGUCUACCUGCAAGAGGGUUUCAGCACUUCAGAAGACCAUGAAUUUUUGUUCUGAGAAAGGACCAGAACAUGGUUAACAAGACAUUCCCCAGUCAUUACACUUCGUGCACUGCACAAAUCCUGUAAGAUUUGCCCCUGGCUGCACAGAAAACCUUUUUUUUUUUUUUUUUGUCUGCGUCCUGAAGAGGAUAAUAACUUCAGGAGAAAAAAAUCCUUACUGAAGAAUGUCAGGAAAUCUCUGGUUUGAUAUGACCCAGCUGGCUCUUUCAUGAAGUGAUGUACAUGCACUGACCAUAAUAUAUUAUUACAAUGCCUCAUGCUGAUUUCUGUAUGUGAUGAAUGAAUAUCUGUAAACAGCUAGUGAGAAAUGUCUGAGUGUUGGCAGAUCAGAAAAUGAAGCCACCUUUGCUUUCUGCAACAUGCAUAACCCAUACAUGUAAUUAUUUCUUGCAUUGGUCUCUGGACAGCAAUGAGGUAUCAUCUUGCCUAGCCAACUAAGUGAAAUGAGAGAUGAAGAAUAUCACCCUGGACAAAGACCAAUACUCCCCUGAAAGAAGGAGAAAUAAAUCUUGGUUUUCAGAAGAUGCCACCUGAAAGACUGGCAUUCUUUGGUAUAAUUUAACAGUACCAGCAUAUACCACAGGGGACAGAGUUUCUGUCUGAAAGCUGUUCACUAAGUUUGCAGGAUGUGGGAAACCAAUAAUGGAGGGGGAGUGGGGGUGUGCCGCAAACCACAGCUAUAAGGAAACCUCUAUUCUGUACUAGAUGUAAAGGUCCUUAUCCAUAAGUGUAUUUUUUAUCAAAUCACAGCCCAGUACUUGAAAAGGCACAGCUACUUAGUUGAAUGCCUUCAGACCAUCUCUGCCAUCUUCCCUAUGCAACCUAGCCCUAUAUAAGGAUGUUCUAAAGCAGCUGGGUAACUGAGGUCUGUAAUUUUUGAAAUGAGUCUUUGCUGGAAGCACACUGUGACAACAAAAGUACCAUAACAUAUUGUUUUCUAUGGCUUCUCAAAUGCAUUACUGUCAUUUAGAGAAGAGAGUGACAACUAUUAAUCACUCAUUUUCAUUUGGUGUAUUUCUUGUUGAUGUAUCUGAAUGCAUUUCUAAGACAAUCUAUGAGUAAAACUGCCUCAUCACUUC